AUGGCCGCCAUGAAACAGCACGCUCCCCAAACUGUCUUCACUGCCUCACCCACCACUAUCCGGCCGAACGGCGCCCACGCGCCAUCCGCGACGAGGAUUUUGCCGGAGAGAAACGUAACGGGCGCAUCCAUCGAGGAUGCCUACGUCGCCUUCAUUCUAUACUGCAACCCGGGUGUGCCCCUCGAGACCGACUCGGCGACUCUCCGCGAUGCUUUCCGCACCCCGCCAAAAAGCGGGGGCAAGAGCUUCAGCACUCACACCCUCUUCGAGUUGAUCAAGAAGCUCGAGACCAGAGAGCUCAAGACAUGGGCUGAGCUGGCGUUGAAGUUGGGCGUUGAGCCACCAGACCAAGAAAAAGGCCAGAGUUCGCAAAAGAUCCAGCAAUACGCCGUUCGGCUCAAGAGGUGGAUGCACUCGAUGCAUGUGGAUGCCUUCUUCGAAUACCUCAUCGGUCGGCCGUCGCCUUACUGGACCGAGAUCCCCUCAGAACACACACCGAUUUCCGAAUUAGAGCGGGAUGGGGUGGCAGCAGAGGACGAUAUGGCUUUGCGCGCUCUCCUACCGCAUAUCAAACCACGAAGGGGCAGGCGGAAGCCCGAGGAAGACGACACCGGAAAAUCGCCAUCUCAACGCCCCUCGCCGCAAGCAGAUGAACUCGGGGCCGGGGGUCAGGCCAACACGGCAGAACCAUGGACGGCUCAACCGGAUGUUAGGGGCAGCGUCUUCUUGUUUCCCCCAGUCCCCGACCCCUCUAGAUUAAAUCCAUCCGCGCCUACGUGGAGCAACGACAUUGUCCAGACGCCUAUGUCGGCAUAUCCCUUGCCGCAAUCAGCUAUUACACCCUCAGUCAGAAACGGGUUUUGGGCGGAUGAGCCCAGGUCGGCUAUCACGCCGUCAAAGGCCAAAUCUGCGAGCAGGCGACAUGGAGCUAAGGUCGUGUCAUCAGCUUGGAGGAGCGGCGGGAUAGGAUCAACUGGCAAGACGCGAGGACGACCACCCAUCAACCGCGGGACCAACGCCGAUGGACCAUUCUCUGCGUUUCCAGCCUCAGACGGCCCAAUCUUCAGGUUUCCAUCCCCGACUCCCCCCGAAAAGGCACCGCUGCCCACGCCCAACAAUAGCCACAACAACAACAGCAGCAACAACAACGACCCGGCGGCCUGUCCCUCAUAUAACGAUGUCCCCGUCUCACAGCCGGCCUCGAGAGCGUCAGCGGCUGGGACCACUGAGGUUCCGCCCAUCUCGCCAACCUGCCAGUCCCGGCCCGCCCACAAUGCAAACCACUUCUCACCCGUCCAGGAAUCAGCUCCGGCGCGCCCGGCCAAGAGACGAAUGUUAUCACUACAAGUACCCGAGCGGAAAGGCGGAGAAGUCCGCCUAGCCACCCCACCGCUCGCCGAACCCGCAACGGCGCCCGUCGUCAUGGUAAAUGGACUGGCGCCCGAACCCUAUGGACAAGUAGCACCAGAGCCUCUAGGCGUCUCCCAGGCCAGCUCCGUACUCGCCCAAAUCCCCGGCAUGAUUCCCGGGGCAACCCCACCAGAUAUGCCCAUUGCCCCCCCUCCCAGCGGCCCACACCUGACCUUUUCCGACGACCCUACGGACCGCACCCACCUACCCGAAAUCGAAGCCGUCUUCGUGUCCCGACUUCUCGACGCCGAAUGGUACGACGAAAACCACAACCCCAUGCCAGCCUGCAGCCUCGACGAGGCCGUCGCCUUCUCCCAGACCGUGAUUGAGACGCUAGUCAAAGCAGCCGCCACCAAAGAGGCCUUCCUAAUCAACCUCGCCGGCUUAGCGGGUGGCAGCAUCCUCAUGCCCAAGGGCAGCCUCCGAGUGACCCGCCUCGAGGCGUUACCCGACCGUACGCGCUACCGGAGCGCUUGGUAUCUCAAGUACGGGGGCAUUGUGGGGAACUGGUCUAUGGAGGAAACGGUGCUGCACGAGAAAUGGAAGAAGAAAGGGGAGGAAAACGGGAUAAAUGGGGAAGGGGAAGACGAAGGGCCACAGACGAAAGAAGACUGGGAGAGAAAGUACAAGGACUUGCUGGCGACGCUGCAUAAAAGGGAGCAUGAGAAUAUAAGGUUCCAAACGAAGAUUAUUGAGACGGGGCGGAAGGGCUGA